CAGCAACAAGUCGAUACCAUCAGAUAGCUCGUCUACCAUACUGUCUGCAUUAAGCCCACAUUCCCGCCUGCCUCGCCUCUCCUCCAUCUCACGCCUACGACCGCAAUCACGAUCCAUGUCCAGCAGCUCGAGCUCGACCCGACCCGCACCGGGCUACCGAAGAAAGCCGUUGACGGUAGCGUGCGUGCAGUUCGACCCAAAGCUCGGGGAUGUCGAGGGGAAUGCUAAACGGAUACGAGAGCUGACGAGCCGAAUCCAACCAAACAAGAUCGACCUGCUCGUCCUCCCCGAAAUGUGCCUGACGGGGUACAUGUACAAAUCGUCCUCCGAGAUCGCCAGCGUACUGGAGAAUCCGAGGACAGGGCCGACAGCUACGCUCAGUAGUGAACUGGCGAGAAGAUGCGCAUGUUGGGUCGUCGCUGGGUAUCCAGAGAAGAGUCAUGUAUCAGCCGGGAUGGAUACCACGGAAGACGACGACGUGGAGGAUGAAGAUGACGAUGGAGAGACCACGGAGCAGACCGCAGGGGUAGCACGACAGGGAGGACAAACAGGCUCGACAAUAGGUGACGGAGAGGAGGAAGGAAUCGUGGCUUACAACUCUGCUGUCAUUGUGUCGCCGCAAGGCACCGUCUACGAUACGUACCGCAAGAGCUUUUUGUUCGAUACAGACAAGACAUGGGCCAAGGAAGGCGAUGGCUUCAAAGUGCUAGACCUACCUGAACCUUUGGGUCGAACAGUAAUCGGAAUAUGCAUGGAUAUGAACCCGAAAGACUUCUUGGCCCCAUUUGAUGCAUACGAACUGGGCAACUUUGUCCGGAAGACUAGGGCCGACUUGCUAGUCGUACCGAUGAAUUGGUUAGAACCUCCAGGCGAACCUCCAUUAGACGCGCCUUCAUCCGCAAAGACUGAAGAAACGCAAGACGGGCCGGAAAUGUCUACCCUCAAUUACUGGGCGCACAGGUUGAUGCCCUUGCACGAUCCCACCCCAACAUAUACGCCUGACGGUCUCAAGGAUGUCCAGCCUGGGAAGGAUGUGGUGUUCGUCGCAUGCAACCGGGUAGGCACCGAAAGAGGGACCACUUUCGUGGGCACUUCCUGCGUGAUGAGUAUCACGUCCUCGCCAAGUGGAAUCGACCUGAUCGAAGCGAUGGGAAGCAAGGAGGAAGGAGUCAUGUUCGCGCUGGUCAAUUGAGAGCUCUAGUCCCGCCCGCGCACCUCGACGACUAAGGACUCAUACGGAAUGACGGCCUCCAAGACACGAAUGGCGGCUUGUACCGGACAUGUCCCGCUUGUCAUAUGUCAAAGACGUGGCUGGCUGGGCAGCCUAGUGAACGUAGAAACGCCUAACUCCGCCCCUAAGGGACCUAGCUUCUUUUCCUAGACGAUAGAUUUCGACGCCAGCCUCGUCUCGCUCUGACCUGAGACUCUUCGCACACCGAUCAGCUUCGCGCCCCCCUUCUCCUCCUGGGGAAUGACGACGAUGAUGCCCGCUGUCGAAGUGAAUAUGCUCGUUCAAGUUGAACCAUACCCUCCUUGAG